AUGGAACCUGAUGUUGCUAAGAAACCUACUGUACGAGGCAACAUGGUGGGGGAGCAGGAAUCGACAGAGGAACCAGAGGUUGUUCCAAAGCCUAAGCCAUGGAGUCGCGAAACAUAUUUCGGUUCAUUCUUGUUUAACUUGGCAGCAUUCGCCCUUCCAGCCUUGUACAGCACCCUCAGCAAGCUCUGGGUGGCAAACAUCGACGCAAAGCAAGUCGUAACGACAGAUAUCUACACCUACAUCGGGGUGAUUGUGGAAGUGCUCAACGAGGGCCUGCCCCGAUCUGCAUGGCUCGUCAUUGGGGACAAGUCUACGCGGACUGUCCGCUCACGACUGAACCUGGCCUACACAAUGAUCAUUACACAGACUGUCCUUGGAAUAAUAAUGGCAGUAAUAUUCCUGGCUGCCUCCAAGACUCUGGCCUCGGGAUUCGUACCAGUGGAAGUGCGACAAACCUCUAUCACCUAUGUACGGCUGUCAUCUGUACAGGCCAUGACGUCCGCUAUAGAAGCCGCUUUGUCUACCUCAACGAGGGCACUGGAUAAUCCCGACGUGCCGCUCAUCAUUAGCUCUGCCAAGUUCCUCAUCAACAUUGUUCUCGACUUACUAGUCAUUUCAAAGGUACAUGUAGGUAGCUGGCAACCUACAAUUGUCAUGCAGGCUAUUAUUCGGCUUGUUUGCGAUAGUGUAUCAUCUUUGGUCGGGCUGAUAUACUUUCUCACCGUUGUCGUGAGACGUUGCCAAAAGGAUACAGAUGGUCCGCAUAGACUGCGCUGGAGACUUUCCUCUUUGUCGAUACUUAUCAGACCUAGUGUAUACACAUUUGCCGAGUCAGCUAUCCGAAAUGCGAUUUAUCUGUGGCUUGUCCAUAGAAUCAUUCUGCUAGGAAGUGACUAUGCAACUUCAUGGGGGGUCUUCAACACGAUCCGCUGGGGGCUUGUGAUGGUUCCCGUGCAGGCAUUGGAGGCUUCCACUUUGGCUUUUGUAGGUCAUAACUGGGGUCAACUCCAUGCUCAAAGUGGCACUACAUACCCUGAGGCAACUAGGAAAGACAUUAUUGAACUGAUUCGGCCAGCGCUCCACUCCUGCCUGAUUGCAUUGGUUUUCGAGACCAUCAUGUGCAUUGCAUUAUCGCUGCGUGGGAUAGAGGCAUUUGCGUACUAUCUGUCUGACUCGACAGUUGUGGCAAAUAUCACUCAAACGAUGUGGAAGAAUAUCGACUGGACCUACAUAUUUUAUGGUUUAAGUUGCCAGAUCGCGGCAAUUCUUCUUGCAACAUCGCCGCGAUGGUAUCUCUACCAAUCACUUGGAUCCAACUUCCUUUGGAUGCUACCUUGGGCGAUUGUCGUAACAGUCAUAUCCUUGCCAAAAUAUUUAGCGUGGACAUAUUAUGCAAUCAUAUUUGGCGGAGCUCUUGUUUCGACUUUGUUGACGUGAGCUUGAUUGCCGCCCUGUGGGCUUACAGGCUCACGAGAGGGAAGGUCGGAAUGGUUCCAGAGACACAGAGCGAUUAAAAUAACCUACCCAGCC